AUGCACUAUAAGUUGGCUAAACAAUGCCUCCUGAUCUGUCGAAAUCUGCAGAGAAAUAUCUGUGGUUUACCAAGUAAUGGAACCGAACGCACAGAGAUUGAUCGCCAGACUAUCGAUAGCAACCUUCCUCCAGAGCUACAGUACGCCUCUCGAUAUUGGGCAUACCAUCUGGUAAAAUGUACUGGCUCAGAUAAUAUGAUGUAUGGUGCUCUUUUGUUUCUCCAACGACAUUUUCUACGGAACUGUUUUCUAUACUGGGUAGAAGCAAUGAGCCUACUCAAUCUUACCUCAGAAAUACUAGAUAUUCUUGAUCGGCUCCAAACAGCCAUAUUGGGUAAUAAAUCUUCCUCAAUUUCAGAUUUUCUUCACGAUGCAAAGCGAUUUAUUCUUAGGAACUACCGAAUUAUUGAUAAAGCUCCCCUUCCAGUUUACUGCGCAGGACUUAUAUUUGCACCCCAGACAGCAAUGAUUCGUGCACAGUUCAAACAAGAGAUUCCAACUUGGAUAUACCAGUUACCGCACGUUGAGGAAAGAUGGGGUGCAGAAAUACAGAGGCUCGAGGGCCAUUCGGGUCUUGUUGAGUCAGUGGCCUUCUCGCCCGACGGCCGGCUACUCGCAUCUGGCUCUGUAGAUAAGACAAUACGGCUUUGGGGUCCGGUGACUGGCACACUCACCCAGACACUCAAAGGUCACUCAGAAUCGGUUCUGGAGGUGGCCUUCUCGCCUAACAGCCGGCUACUGGCCUCUUGCUCCUACGAUAAGACAGUACGGCUUUGGGAUCCGGCAAUAGGUGCGCUUAUCCAGAGCCUCGAAGGCCAUUUAGAACCGGUUCUGUCGGUAACCUUCUCGCCCGACGGCCAGCUGCUGGCCUCUGGCUCUGGAGAUAGCACAAUACAGCGUUGGGGUUCGGCGACGAGUACGCUUAUCCAGACGCUCGACGGCCAUUCGAGUUCAGUUAAGUCGGUAACCUUCUCACCCGACGGCCAGCUGCUGGCCUCCGGCUCCUACGAUAAGACAAUACGGCUUUGGGAUCCGGUAAUAGGUACACUUCCUCAGAGUCUCGAAGGCCAAUUAGGUUCAGUCUUAUCGUUAGCUUUCUCGCCUGACGGCCGAUUACUCGCAUCUGGCUCCUACGAUGAUACAGUAAGGCUCUGGGAUCCGGCGACAGGUAUGCUCACCCAGACACUCGUAGGCCAUUUAACCUGGGUCUGGUCGUUAGCCUUCUCACCUGACGGCCGGUUACUCGCAUCCGGCCAAACUCUCGAAGGCCAUUCGGAACCGGUUCUGUCAGUGACCUUCUCACCUGACAGCCGACUACUGGCCUCCGGCUCCUAUGAUAAGACAGUGGGACUUUGGGAUCCGGCAACAGGUGCACUCAUCCAGAGCCUCAAAGGCCAUUCAAGUUUAGUUUGGUCGAUAUCGUUCUCACCUGACGGCCGGUUGCUCGCAUCCGGCUCUGAAGAUAGGAAAGUGCAGCUCUGGGACCCAGAAACGGGCGCGCUCACCCAGACACUCGAGGGUCAUUCGGGUUCAGUUCAGUCGGUGACCUUCUCGCCCGACAGCCGGUUGCUGGCGUCCAGCUCUGAAGAUAUGACAGUGCGGCUCUGGGACACGGAGACAGGUGUUCUUAGGCAAACUUCAAGUGUUGGAAUAAUGGUCACUACAGUGGAAUUCUCCUCCGAUGGUUCAUAUUUACAAACCAACUUUCGGCCUACUUGA